AUGGACUACACAUUAUACUACAGUUCAGACAUGAAUCGAAAUAAUGUUGUCUACAUCAGAGAUAUAAAUCAAAAUUCAAUAGAACACAAUCUUCAUGAACACAGAAUACAUAAUAUUUCGAAAACAAAUUUUUCAUUGGUUGUUCUAAACAAUAUCGACAACACAGGCAAGUUCGGCAUCUAUACUUGCAAAUUUUCAUCAUCUUCAGUUUCAACAGAAGGACUGAUGACAGGAUUGUUCUUCGGUAACAUCGAACACUCAAUUUCACCUAAUAUCCAAAUGAAGAAUCUCUACAUUGCAAACUUUGAUAAACACACUUUGAACAUUUCUAACACUGAAGAUACAAUCAUUGACUUCCACAGUAAGGAAGGAUUCAAAUCUACAAUCAUCAUAUUCAACAAACAAUACUUUAUCGGUCAAAACGAAGUUUAUGAUAUUCAACGACCAUUGUUUGUUCGAUCUUCAUCAGGAUAUCACAUCUUGUAUUUCAAAUUGAUCCUCGUUGAAUAUGGUUGCAAGAAUUCAUACAUCAUCAAUGGUAAUGGUACAUCAUAUUUUGUCAAUCUCCAACAGACAGAUGGUUUAAUUUGCAUGCACUUCGUUUCAUAUUCUGAUUCUCGUAUCACUGUUUUCGAUCCAGAAGAUGUUGAUUUGAUCAGAUACGGAAACAACUACAUGAUCGAUAAUUCAUAUUCGAUUGAACGAGGUGUCACACUUCGAAUCAACAACACUCAACGAAUCAACUCAAUUGCAGGUGUUGCAAGCAUUGAAGCGAUAGAAUCGCAUCCAGAAAAAUUUUCAAAAGGAAUCUUCAACAAACAAUUUGAAAUCUCAACAUAUCCAAAAACAACAAUACAUGAAUCAAGAGAAGGCUUUAACGAAAUUGAUAUUCAGAAAGAUGAACUUGUUAUUCUAUCAUCAAACUGUGAAUAUUAUCAAAACAUGAUUCUUUAUCUCAAAUCAACGAAUUCACUUCGAGAAAUUAACAUCAAUUUAGAACAAAAGUUAAGAAACAGAAAAUCAGUUUACAUUCAAACAAGCGAUGCAUAUUGUACAAUUAUCUAUUACUUUUCAAAAUUUGACAAUGAUUGCUACUCAUUCAAUAUGGUGAAUGACAAAAUUAAUCAACAAUACUUCAUGAUUGCAGAACCAAACAAAAGACACUGCAUAGCAAUGAUUUCGACAAACGAAACGGAUAUGAUAUUUUACACAGAAGAUCAAGUUACAAAAGUUGAUACAAUCAGAGAAUAUGAAAAACAGACAUUUAAAUACAUUGAUUUCAUAUCAAAUAAUGAGACAUAUAUCAUGGUCAAAGAGACAACUAUCAUUGGAAACGAAUAUAUAUCAAACCAAGAUAAUAUAUACUCAGAAGGUAAACGACUUCAUGAAAUCAAUGGAAAUUAUUAUAUUGCACAUCCAGGAUAUAACAAUGUCUCUUUGUCUAAGACGAGUAUUAUCUAUCCAAAAGAAAACGGUUUCAAAGUUUUUGUUGCAUUUGACACAGAGUCAGAUGUUCAUUUCAUCAAGAGCAACAAGACUGGUAUUAUUUCAGAAUUGGAUGAAACUCUCGAUGUCGAAACACAAGAUUCAUCAAUCAAAUUCUAUCUUUUAGUUCUUCCUGAUGGUGAUUAUUCAUAUGAUUUCAGUUUCAAACCUAAAUACAGUCAAGUUUACUGGAACACAUCAACAGUUGAGUCAAAUAAGAAACACAUCUUAGUUUUGUUUGGAGAUCUCAAUUAUAAUGAUAAACAAGUUAUCCGAACUCCAGAAUUUCCUCAAGAUGAAACAUUUAAUGUAUAUGAAUCAUACAUAUUCGGUUUCAACAAAACAGAGAUAAGUAAUACAAUGAAAACAUUGAGAACAGAUUGUCUUAUAAUUGAAUAUAUUUCAUCAUCAACAAAGAGAUCUGGUAUUGUUGGUAUAUAUGAUAUUGGUUUCAUCUCACCAAAUUAUAGAUCUUAUGACAAAAUUUUAUCACAUGAUGAAAAUCAUAAAUUUGAUGGAUUCAUCGAUCCAGUCAAAGUAUCAUUAUUCACAGAUUUGAUAUAUGGUCCUAAUUCAUACAUAGAUUCACAAUUUAAGACACUUGUGAUCACAUAUGAACGUGAUGAUAAUUUCAAUCAUUUCCUUUACUUCAAUGAUGAAAAGAAUCUCAUGAAAUGUGAUCAUUCUCCAAUUUCGAAAAUGAUUCAUUCGGAUAAAACAUUUGUCAUCAAAUCAGUUUCAGAUUAUUACAGUGAUACAAUCUAUCAUCUUAAAAUGGACAAAGACUGUGACACAAUUGAUUUACUUUUCAAUCAAUACGGUAAUCAUUUCACAGUUGAUCCUCUCCACUACAAACCGAAUAAGAAGUAUUGCAUUGCAACAUUAACAAACGAGAAAACAGAAAUCACGUUAAAGAAGUACGAUUAUUCAGAUUCAAGUUACAGCAUGUUUUUCUCAGAUACAUUCAACAUGGAAGAAUCGUUUGAAAUCAGUGAAACAAAAUAUAAAUACAAAUUAUAUUCAAUGAUAAAGAUAAUUACAAAGAAUGAUUGUAUUUUCCCAUAUUGUGGAAUUAUAUUUGCAAGAAAAUCCGGUUCAACAAAAUCAAAAAUACUUCAUGUUCGUGGUUUCAAUCAUUUAUUCAAAGGAAAAUCUCUUGUUAGACAGUUUUUUGUUGCACAAUUAGGACACAAUUCAUUUAGUCCUCAAAAUUUUCAAGUCACCACAAUCAAAUUUCCAAAAUCAGAUAAAUUCAACACAUUUGUUGUUUUCCAUUCAAGACAAUACAUAAAUGAAUCAUCAAAAAGAGCAAUUUCAAGUUCUAUCAUGAAUCCAGAUUUCAUAUCAGUUUUUAGUGGUAAAUACAACAUUGAGUUCACAGUUUAUCAAUUAGCUAAAGAUUGUAAUAUUAAAUACAAUGUGAAUUAUUUUCAUGAUUUAUUUUUCACUAACGCUUAUACAAAAGAAAAUAGUAAGUAUUGUGUCAUCCAUUUAGGAACAGGUGAAAUGACAACAGUUUUAUUUAAAGACACAAAAACUUCUGAUUUGAAUAAAUUUUCAUAUUAUGAUUCAUUUUCUAUGGAAUCAACUCCAGUUAUUAUCAAAGAUGAAUUCACAACACUCAAAUACAAGAAAUCAUUCAUUAUUGAAUACAAAGUUGGCGAAAGCAAUCCAUAUGGCUAUGUUGGUAUUUCACACUCAACUCCAUUAUAUUUUUAUGAUAAAUUUGACUAUCCAGAUGAUAUUGAUACAAUUACCGACGAAACAGGAUCAAAUACUGAUGAUGAUCCUGAUACAAAUAAAGAUGAUGAUGAUAAUGAUGCCGACAAUGAUGAAAUCGACACAAAUAAUGAUGAAACUGAUACAAAUAAUGAUGAAAUCGACCCAAACCCAGAUGGCUCAGGCACAGAUUCUCAUGAUGGAACUAAUACAAAUUCAAACGAAACAUAUACUGAUAAUUAUACCAAUACAAAUCCAGGAGGAACUAGCACAAAUACAAGUCAAACAAACACAAACACUGAUGAUAAAACGAAUACAAAUCCAGGAGGAAUAAGCACAAAUACAAAUGAAACAAACACUGAUGAUAAAACCAAUACAAAUACAGGUGGUACAGGUUCAAAGUCCCAGGAAACUGAGACAAAUGUUAAAACAAGGGAUUAUGAUGUUAUAAUUUCAGCGAAAUUUGGAAGAAAUAAAGCAAGAGUUUCCAAAUAUGAAGUAACAACAGUUAUUACUCCAGUCUCAUCUGGUAAAAAUGGAUUUGUAGCUUUCUUAAACCAUAAUAAAUUCAGUUUUCCAGGAAUGAGUGAUAUCAGGGUGAUUAUUAUGCCAACAGGAUCUUUCAAAGUUAAAGGAAUUCAUAGCAAUGGAAUUCUCGAAUUCGUUAUCUUUGCUCUUGAAAAAGAGGAUUCAACAUUAGAUUUCAUCAUCAACCAAGACAAGAAACAGUAUCUUAUUGAUGUUGGAUACAAAUAUUUCAUCUCAAAUCACUUAGUUGUUUUCAUUGGAUCAGAAGAUUGUGAUGUAAUAUCAUAUCUUUCAUUUCCAAUAUCUAAUAAUGACAAAUUCAAAAUUGAUAUCUAUUUUUCAUACACAAUGGACGAUAAACUAGACGUAAUUAGAGAGACAAAAUUAUUACAUAACGUCACAUUUGCAGUUUUUAGAAUUGUUUCUAAUGAUAUUUAUAAGAACUCAUUCAUAGGAAUAUCAUCUAUAAUUGCACAAAAACAAAUUGAUAAGUCUCAUGUAAGCGGUAAUUUCCAUGUUUCUGCAUUUCAACAUUUUUUCACAAGUUCAACAUCAGUUUCACCGCAUGUUUCAUUACGACCAGAAAUAUUUCAUCCAAGAAUUUCGAUAGUGAAUGAUAUGAGCACUGUCAAGAUCAGUCCAAAUUCACUAGUUAUAUUUGAUCCAUCAAUCGGAGAAGAUUAUUCCAUUGCAGCGUUAUCUAAUAAAGUCAAGAUCAAUUUGACAGAGAUGAAGAAACAUGCAAUUGUGACAAAGAAAGAAACGGAGAUCAGUGUCAAAAUCAUCAAGAAAGACACAAUCAGCAGGAUUCCUAUGAACAUAUACAAACUCGACUAUCUUCAAGAUAAAUGCAAUGAAAUGAUUAUCUCCGGUGGAUCAGAAGAUAUCACUUUGUGCAGCAAAUACAGAAGUAGAACCAUGAGAUGCAAGUAUGUGAUCUCUAAAGAUAACAAAACAUGCAUCUUCAAAUCAUUCAAUUCUUUGUAUUCUAGAUCAGAAAUUAAAUCUAAUAAAAUCAACAUCGUUGAAACGUUCACACCAGAUGGAACACCAAUCAAGCAAUCAAUGGAAGAUUCAAAUCUUUCAAUCAAUUCAUUUUUUGUCUCUGUCAUCAAUCCACCAGAAGACAUCGACGAACAAGAUUUCAUUUUGACUGUAAAUACUAAAAACCAAAACAACGAAAUCGAACUUCCAUACAGCAUUCAGAACGAUGAAAUCUAUGAAUUCGAAGGUAAAUACAUGGCAGGAGCUAUUUCCGGCUGGACAAUCUUCGCAAUAUUCCUUAUUGUUGUUGGUGUUGCCAUUUAUUCUAUUUAUACACAGACAAAAGCAGCUAAAGUUUCUGCUGAAGAAUGCAGCGAAUCAAAUAAUUCACCAGAAUGCUAA